UCACGGCCGGGUCCCACUGAGCACUUGCUUAACGGAAGGGGUGGUGGUGCACUCAGCAUCCCCAGAGGUGCCUGCUUCUGGGUAGAAACAGGGGCCUGGUAGAAACGGUGCAGUGAGGAUGGGCUUCCUUCCCAGUGUAAAGUUUCCUGAUUUAUGAGGAAUUUUUAUGGCCACGGGCUCAUUUCACUGCCAGUGUAGGCCUGGGGUGGGGUUUGUCAUCUCCACUCCACAGGUGAGAAGCUGAGGCCUGAGGGGCAGGUGACCUGCCUAAGCUCACGCCAAUGGGACUGGGGAUGCCAGGAGAGGUGCAGGGAGCCCUGGUGGACUGUCCCAAGGGGAGGCCUGGGUUCGGGGGCCAGAGAGUUGGCCGUGGAACAAGACUUCGCCUUGGCUGUCUCCUGGUGCCUGGCCUGGAGUCUGGCUCCAGAAGAGCUGAGGACCCCUCCUGUCUGACUGCUUCGGCUGGGAUGCCAAGGAAGAUGCCAAGGAAGAUGCCGGUGAGGCCGUGAGCAGGGGCUGCGCUCAGCCCUGCUCGUCGGCCUCGGGGGAGCCCACGGCUGAGGCCUGCAGGCCACAGAUGCUCCCGGGGCCGCAGGCCCCCCGAGUGGACAGGCUGCCGGGCGGGCCACCACCAGAGGAUGCCGGCCAAGGGGCGCUACUUCCUCAAUGAGGGUGAGGGGGAUCCGGAGCAGGACGCGCUGUACGAGAAGUACUGCCUUACCAGCCAGCACGGGCCGCUGCUGCUCACGCUCCUGCUGGUGGCCAUCGCUGCCUGUGUCGCCCUCAUCGCCAUCGCCUUCAUCUCCUGGGAACCCUCUGGCCGCCAGGCUGUGCUGGUGACGGCGUUCCUGACCCUUGCUGUGUUCGUCGCUCUCUAUGUGCUGGUGUACGCUGAGUGUACCACCCGGCGGUGGCUGCGCACCUGGGCGCUGCUCGUCUGGGGCUGCCUCCUGGCACUGGGCUACGUGCUGGUGUUCGACUCCCGGAUGCACGCGGCCUGUGCCUGGGAGCAGGUGCCCUUCUUCCUGUUCGUGGUCUUCGUGGUGUACACGCUGCUGCCCUUCAGCACGCAGGGGGCCGUCGCCGUGGGCAUCUUCUCCACUGUGUCCCACCUCCUGGUGCUCAGUGUGCUGAUGGGGGCUUUCACGGCGCCCAGUGUCCUGGUGGGGCAGCAGCUGCUGGCCUACACCGCCGCCUUCCUGUGCGGGAACCUCACGGGCGCCUUCCACAAGCACCAGAUGCAGGACGCCGCGCGGGACCUCUUCACCUACGCCGUGAAGUGCAUCCAGAUCUGGCGCAAGCUGUGCCUCAAGAAGCGUCAGCAGGAGAACCUGCUGCUGUCAGUGCUGCCGGCCCACAUCUCCAUGGGCAUGAAGCUGGCCAUCAUUGAGAGGCUCAAGGAGCGGGGGGACCGCCGCUACAUGCCUGACAACAACUUCCACAGUCUCUACGUCAAGCGACACCAGAAUGUCAGCAUCCUCUAUGCAGACAUCGUGGGCUUCACGCGGCUGGCCAGUGACUGCUCCCCCAAGGAGCUGGUGGUGGUGCUCAACGAGCUCUUCGGCAAAUUUGACCAGAUCGCCAAGGCCAACGAGUGCAUGCGCAUCAAGAUCCUGGGCGACUGCUACUACUGCGUGUCGGGCCUGCCCGUGUCCCUGCCCACCCACGCCCGCAACUGCGUGAAGAUGGGGCUGGACAUGUGCGAAGCUAUUAAGCAGGUGCGGGAGGCCACGGGCGUGGACAUCAGCAUGCGCGUGGGCAUUCACUCGGGGAACGUGCUCUGCGGGGUCAUCGGCCUGCGCAAGUGGCAGUACGACGUGUGGUCCCACGACGUGUCCCUGGCCAACAGGAUGGAGGCGGCCGGAGUCCCGGGCCGAGUGCACAUCACGGAGGCAACGCUGAACCACCUGGACAGGGCGUACGAGGUGGAGGACGGGCACGGGCAGCAGCGGGACCCCUACCUGAAGGAGAUGAACAUCCGCACCUACCUGGUCAUCGAUCCCCGGAGCCAGCAGCCGCCCCCACCCAGCCAGCACCUCACAAGGCCCAAGGGGGAUGCGGCGCUGAAGAUGCGGGCGUCCGUGCGCAUGACCCGCUACCUCGAGUCCUGGGGGGCCGCGCGGCCCUUCGCGCACCUCAACCACCGUGAAAGCGUGAGCAGCAGCGAGACCCUUGUCCCCAACGGGCGGAGGCCCAAGGCCAUUCCCCUGCGGCGCCACCGGGCCCCUGACAGAAGCGCAUCUCCCAAGGGGCGGUCGGAGGACGACUCGUAUGACGAGGCGAUGCUGUCGGCCAUUGAGGGGCUCAGCUCCACCAGACCCUGCUGCACCAAGUCUGGUGACUUCCACACCUUUGGGUCCAUCUUCCUGGAGAAGGACGUGGAGCAAGAGUACCGCCUGGCGCCCAUCCCCCGGGCCCGCAACUACUUUGCUUGUGCUGGCCUCGUCUUCCUCUGCAUCCUGCUUAUCCACGUCCUGCUGAUGCCCAGGAUGCUGCCCCUGGGCGUGUCCUUCGGGCUGGUGGCCUGCGUGCUGGGGCUGGUGCUGAGCCUGUGCUUUGCUGAAGAGUUCCUGAGGUGCUGCCCAGCCUGGGGGGUGCUCCGGGCUGUGUCCGAGAGGGUGGAGACGCAGCCCCUGCUGCGGGUGGCGCUGGCCGUGCUGACCGUGGGCAGCCUGCUCACCAUCGCCAUCGUCCACCUGCCACUGACGCCUCUGCCAGCGAUGCCUGGUGGGAAUGACACGAGCCCGGGGGCUGCGGGGAGCAGGGAGAGGACCCUGUGCGAGCUCCUCCCGUACUACACCUGCAGCUGCAUCCUGGGCUUCGUCGCCUGCUCCGUCUUCCUGAGGAUGAGCCUGGAGCUGAAGGUCGUGCUGCUGACAGUGGCCUUGGUGGCCUACCUGGUGACCUUCAACAUCGUCCCAUGCCAGCACUGGCACUGCUGCGGCCACGGCCCGGACAACCUCACCGACACCAGUGAGGCCCUCAGGUACUCCCCAUCUUGUUCAUGGAGGGAUGUGAAGACGAUGAUUAACUUUUACCUGGUGCUGUUCUAUGUCACCCUCAUCAUGCUGUCCAGACAGAUCGACUAUUACUGCCGCUUGGACUGCCUGUGGAAGAAGAAGUUCAAGAAGGAGCACGAGGAGUACGAAACCAUGGAGAACGUGAACCGCCUUCUUCUGGAGAACGUGCUCCCGGCCCACGUGGCCGCGCACUUCAUCGGGGACAAGUUGAAUGAGGACUGGUACCAUCAGUCGUACGACUGCGUCUGCGUCAUGUUUGCAUCUGUGCCCGAUUUCAAAGUGUUCUACACGGAGUGCAACAUCAACAAGGAGGGGCUGGAGUGCCUGCGCCUGCUCAACGAGAUCAUCGCCGACUUCGACGAGCUGCUCUUGAAGCCCAAGUUCAGCAGCGUGGAGAAGAUCAAGACCAUCGGCAGCACCUACAUGGCCGCGGCAGGGCUCAGCGUCACUCCGGGCCAUGAGCACCAGGAGCUGGAGCGGCAGCACGCCCACAUCGGCAUCACGGUGGAGUUCAGCAUCGCCCUGAUGAGCAAGCUGGACGGCAUCAACAGGCACUCCUUCAACUCCUUCCGCCUCCGCGUCGGCAUAAACCACGGGCCUGUGAUUGCUGGAGUGAUUGGGGCACGAAAACCUCAGUAUGACAUCUGGGGAAACACGGUCAACGUUGCCAGCCGAAUGGAGAGCACCGGGGAGCUCGGGAAAAUCCAGGUUACUGAAGAGACGUGCACCAUCCUCCAGGGACUGGGUUAUUCUUGUGAGUGCCGCGGACUGAUUAACGUCAAAGGCAAAGGCGAGCUGAGGACUUACUUUGUCUGCACAGACACUGCCAAGUUCCAGGGGCUGGGGCUGAACUGAGGGCUUUCGGUGGUUUUAGAAGAUGGUGAGAAGCCGAUUUCCUUCCCUGAAGCGAGCCAAGAAGAACCAGCCCCAUGCCAGUCACACAGGCAUUCACAGGGUCUGGCCGCUGCCACCUCCCGACAGACAGCUAUGCUGGCUUCCUUGGAAUUGCAUUCAAGGAUUUCCCAGACAUGUGAGCCAGAUCCCAGCUUGAACUGACCACGGAGCCUUCUUAACCCAUCCUGACAGCCAGACUCGCCACGCUGGGCUCCAGGACAGUGGAAAAAAGCUCACAGGCACGACAGCUGUACUUGGGAAUUUCACACCCGUGCACCCAAAGUGUCACAGAGGCGAGUUCGGGGCAUGACCUAGACAGACACAUACCUGGUGGUCUACAGGCACGCCCAGGGACAGAGGACUGGGACAAGUUGUCUGGGAUGGGAGUCUGUUUCCCAUGUGAGCAUAUUCUGGUAAAUGGAGUUGUAAAGGGUGUUUUCAAUCUGUUAAUGGUUUCACACACUAGGGAGAAAAAACCUACAGUGGACACUUGUUACUUCUUGCCAUCUCUGGUGUUUAUUUUAAAUGGAUACAUAAUUAAUGGGGCUUUCUCCCUUUUUAAUGACUUCUCACAUGCUGGACUAGUCUCUUCCCUCCAGUGUAUUCUUAGCUUCCACCCAUGACGCAUCACCAGACUCCUGUCCAGCACCGGCUGACGGGGUCAGCUUGGGGAUGGUCUGAGGUCAGCACGGCUGGGGGACAGAGAGCUGAGGAAUGUGGCUGACAGCAAGAGGGCGAAGGAGCCACGGCUUUGACUCGGAGAACCCUGAUACAAGCAUUAUGGGGUUAGGUUCAAGAAGUUGAAGGUCUAGAAAAUAAGGCACCACCUUUUAGCCCUUCCCUGUAGGUAGUGGGGACUGCCCGUGCACGUUUGAGCUCUGCUAUCUUCAACUCUUUUUUUGUAUCAGAAAGGAAUGGCGUCUAUGUAGAGAGAACUUGGACGCAUGUAGUGUUUCUUUCCUUUGCUUUAGUCUUCAUAGCUAACCUUUACAAGCUUUAUAACUAAGAUCAACUUAGGAUAAGCACGAGUAGAGGUCCCAUGUCUGAGAAGCCAGCCCUAUCACAAAUGUCAAGAUGUUCUUGUUCUGAACCCAAGGAAGUCAAGGGCAAGUGAAAAAGCCGGAUUUGUGAAAUGGCUCCAACUCCACAGGUAGGCAAAAGGUCAACCUGUUUCUAGGUGAGAAAUAACCAGACUGCCCCUUCCUUCCUGAGCUGACGUCACUGCCUCCUAAACAGAGCAGCCCCAGGGAUUCUAAUGCAGCUGAAUUUCCCACCCUGUUCAGCAGGGAGUCUUCACUGCAAAUCAUCUGCGAACCCCAUGAAGCUAUGCAGAAUAUCUUGCACAGGAGACUUCUGAAGCUUAUAGAGUUGCAGCUGGGAGGACUAACGAUUGCCGUGUGCCUGGGACCGCGGGGUUCCUAGGAUGAGGACAGAAAUUGAACCUGUCUGCUUCCCCUUGCUGUUGGGGGGCCCUAGCAGGGGGGACUUAUUCAAAUUUGCCCAAAGGUGCCAGGUAGGUUAGUGGUAGUGCCGAUGUGCAGCAUGUAAUGGGAAUUGGUAUGAAUACAGGUGAACCUGCUGUUUAAAGAAAUUUUAUGGCGAAGACGCUGAUAAGGGAAAUAAACCUUGCUCAGAUUGCCUUUUUUACACACUAACUUUCCAUGUCAUGAGCUGGUUUCAAGCAAGUGUGGUACUGAAAUCGAUGCUUUAAAAAUCCAGCAGUGACCAGGGCUGCCUGGGUGGGGGAGGUCUCGCCUGCAGACACCAGAGAUGACAUCAGGGCACGUGCCUCUGUAUGGCCCGCAGGUUUCUGCUCCUGCAACAAGCAAGUCACUACUUUUCUCCAGCAACAAAAACCCCAAUUGGGAGUUUUAAGAAUAACUGGUUACCAUUUAUGUAAUUUUCUUUAUUCUUAGUUGAGCCUAGUGCUUGAAUUGGAAAUAAUUUUCUAAGUUUUUAGUUUUCAGUAUUCAGGUCACUGAACUGACCAUAAAAGUUGCAGCUAUUUUUGUGUCUAUAUCCCAAUUACCAAGUAGAAUAAUGUUGUUUUAUGAAGGGAACAAGUAUCCUUUCUAAUGCUGACCUUCUCGAUGGGUAAGGUCCUGCUUAAAGUUUUGACUAAAGCAGCCUCACUGACUCUAGUGAAAAUAAUGCCUUUAGUUUCCUGGUUGACAAAAGAAAAUUUCCUACCAGAACAUUAACCAAUGUGUUCAAUGUGUAUGUAACAGGUCAGUGUACAGAAAUCUGCUUUGAAGAAAGGGCAUGCAAAUAACUAGGGUUUGUUCUGUACACUGAUAUUUAUAGAUUUUUAAUAUUUAUUUCAAAAAAAAAUUUUUUUAAAGAACCAGGUUUCUAAACUGAUAGCUCUGUUUAGCUGCUUUUCAUAAAUUAAAUGAGCAAAUUAGAAAAUCUUGAAUGCCUUAAAGUGUUUUGAAUUUCAGUAUUUUCUUGGUUUUCAGGAACUCACCUUGGCUAAGCAGAUCUAAAGUAUAAGGAUCUAAUUGUUGCCUGGAUUAUAUUUUAGACAUUAGCAUUAAGCUCUGGAAAGACUUGAUAAAACAUCAGAUUUGAAGUGACCUUUUGAUUCUUUUGGCAUAUGUUUUUAAGUAGGGCUUUAAAAGAUUAUUAGGUCAUCUCUAAUUUUCUGGAGACACUCAGUUGUCCUUCAUCCUUUAGUCCUUGCUAAAUGUUAAUUUUCAAAUUCAAAACAGUCAUAUUAAGUAAUCGUCACAAUGUAAUGGCUUCCUGCUUGGGUGUUUUACUGCCUAAUCCUCAAAGGAUCUGUCACUUAAUUUGUUCACCAAUCUAUACUAUGUACAUCCUGAUUUUUUUUCUUUGCAUUUAAUUUUAAACAAGUUAGUUAGUUAUAUACUGAACCAUAUUCAGAAAAAAAAAAAAAUCAUCUCAGUCCAGGAACUGGUUGUAGAAGGGGCCACGUCUCAUGGUCCUCCCCACUUAAAUCAUUAAAAUGCUUGGUCCUUGGCCUUCAUAUUUCAGAAAAAAAGUAGAUCAGUAUGGAUCUGUGGGUAUGGCUGAGGCACAGUUACCUUUGAGAAACAGGAAAUAGAAAUGUAAGCUUUCCUUUAAGCUCGGCCAGUCUCUGAUGUGUUCAAGGAUGGUUUAGGUUCUCUUAUUUGACUUAUCCUUUUGGUAUGGUACCAAAUAACCUUCUCAAGCAGGGAAAACCCAAACGCACACCUGACAAGUUACGCUGUGAAACUACAGAACAUCAUUCCAUCGGGUACUUAGGGGGCAGAACCAUGGCAGUAAAUUCUAAAUUAUUUUAAGUGUGUUACUUGUUCUUCAUGGUAUAACAACAGAAAAAUCUCACUGGAUAAGGAUAUUUUUAAAAAGUUUCUGAGCUAUGCUCCUGUCCAUGGGACACAGGAAGAAGUGUCAUCAUUACUUUGAAACAAUGUCGCCCAAGCCCGUUCACGCCUUCUGCUGGGCAGGCCAACAGCCCACCGCCACGCUCCUUCAAGGUGGUGUCUGAAAAGUCAGGAACUAUUUGGUUACGAUUUAUGUAAGGGGGAGUGUGGCAAAUGUGAAACACGAGGGAUUUCGAUGACUUUUUUUAAAUGGAUGGUUGAAAAAGACUGUUUUCUGAGCUUCUCUCUUAACUCUUACUCCUAACCCCUGAGAAAAAGGUCUGGGGGUACCUUAGCUGACGUGCACUACACAGCUCAGAGACCCAUGUUCAGCUUUAUUACUUCACAGACGUCCAAUCUCUGGAACAUUAAAAUUAAUUGUUCCAAAGUUUAAUUAAAAACACAAUUUACAAAUAUUUAAUAUCUGAAAAGCAUAUCCAAGUUAGGAAUGAAAAAAAUAUGUACAUUAUAUAUAAACAAGGGCCAGUCAGCUUCGCGUUCCAUCAGGGCCGCAUUCAGCAGUAUCAGUCUUCUUAGGUUCUUCAAAGCCUGAAAGAAAGGACAUACUGAUUUCCUUUUACUUCACCGAGUAUUUUUUCCCCUUUUAAAACUGAAAAAAGAGAAGUGACGGGUAAGCUAGCAUCCAGAAUAACUGCUCACAGCCCUUCCUUAGCACAUUCAAGUUUGAAGACCAGGUGCAUUAUCAGGUUAUCUUUGGAGUUUUAUUGGGAAACGUAUGAAAUCUUAACUAAUUUUUUAAAGAAAAUGGAAAGAAAACAAAGUAGUUUAUACAUCAAAAAUACACAGAGACAAAACCUUUAGAAUGUUUUUUGAAGGGCAAGGCUUAAUGUUCCUCGUACUCACAAUAGCGUUCCACCCGCAGAGAAACAGGGCACGUACCUUCUGUUAAAUCUACAAAGUUGUUUUCUACGAUGGGGGAAGGAAAGGAAAUCCCCAUUGCUUUUCGAACUCCAUACAUGCUUACAAUGUCACCUGGAGUUACUUGCUGUGCCAGUUCUUUCAGAUUAUUGGUCACUUGUUCAGCUAGAAAGAAAACAAAAACAAAAACAAUUCUACAAACCAAAAUGUGGGUCCUUCAAUAAUUGAGAAAAUAUAUCUGUAAGAACAGUAAUGUAAUGCAAAAAAUAAGCUGUCCAUGGUGUUCACUGUAGCCUGCUGGGGUAGUGGUGUCACCGUGCAGAAGCUGUUUCCUUUAAGCACCCCCCGAUUCUCAGCUUCCUGAAGGGGCAACAUACCGAGAUGCAUUUCUCUGUACGACGGGCCCAAGAGACAGAUCAUGUUGGGAGGGGGCCUGGUGCUCAGACGCUCGUUCUGCGCUUCCUGGAGCUCCCUGAGCAAUUUAGUGGUCUCAUCAAGUUUCCUCUGGAACACUUCAGCUUCUGUGUGGAAAGAAAAAGAACACACUAGAGAUAAGAGGCCAUGCAUGGACACACUUGCGUUCGAUCUUGUGUAGUAAAUAGAGUCCUGUGUUCUGGGGCUCUGUUGUUUACUGAUGUCUUCUCUCCUCAAUCGGAAUAAACACGUGGGCUUGCCUUUCACGUAAGCAUUCACCAAGAUGUUCCUGUGGUGAAUGGCUAUGUUAAUCUGGAGGAUCGGACAUUAAAUCUUAACUGCCUGUG